UUCACUCGCCGCAGGAGGAAGAUCACGUCUCCAGCCUUCAGACUCAGCUCCAGCUUCCCGCUCCCGUUGAAGUCAAACACCGCCUGAAACACACACACACACACACACUUGUAUUUACACACACACAAGGACAGAACGAGAACGGCACACAUCCAGACUGUGAAACCGCACAAGCAGCCAAGAUGGCAAUGCAAGAACUACUGAAAGACGAGGACAUCAAGAAGGCCCUGGAAGCAUUCCAAGCCGCCGACUCGUUUGACCAUAAGAAGUUCUUUGAGAUGGUGGGCUUGAAGGCCAUGUCUGCAGAGAACGUCAAAAAGGUCUUUAAAGUCCUGGACGUCGACGCCAGCGGCUUCAUCGAGGAAGAGGAGCUCAAGUUUGUGCUGAAAGGCUUUUCCAAGGAUGGCAGGGAUCUGACCGACCAGGAGACCAAAGCAUUCCUGGCCGCUGCUGACAAGGAUGGGGACGGGAAGAUUGGCAUCGAUGAGUUUGAAGCCAUAGUCCAUGAGUAAAAAGCAACACUCCUGGCAACCCGACAACCUCUUCUCUCCUCUGUACACACCUGCAGGCUGACGCACAGCACUGCAUGCCUCUCCAGACCACCCAAAAUCCACCCCAACCCACCUCAAACUGACCCCCCACAUCCAUAAGCCACGGGCAGGAACCUCAUCCGCACCUCUAUUUAUUUACUUCUUUUUUAUACAAACUCUGUGCUCACGUGACCAGUUUUAUCUGAGCUGCCGCCUCACAUCUCCUCCGUGACUCAUUAAGUCCCCUGAGAAAAUGAAAUAUGUUGUUAUAUGCUGUCAAUAUAUUCCAACAUAUGAACAGAAUAUAUUGUAACGUGUUUUCAAUAUAUUGCUUUUUUGUGCUGGGGAAUCCACAACUCUCUCCUUCUUUCAGUCAUUCUCUUUCUCACUCUUGAAAACACAUCCCUCCUUCUCCUCCCAUUCUUCUCCCUCCUUGCUCCAGAUAGAGCUGGCGAACGCAAAAAAAGAUAAAAGAAUGAAGACAAGCUGAGAGAAAAUACGAUUCAAGAGAGAAAUAAAGUGAAAUCAUGCCUUGAGUA